UUGGAUCUAAUGAACGAUAACAUAUGACUAUCCAUUUCAAUUACAGAAACUGGAUGGAGAUGUGAUGAACAUAUGUCAACAGUCAGUUUCGCGAAUAAUUUUUCAAGUCUCUACUUCAAUAGCGCGAAAAACCAAAGACCUCGUUAAAUUUCCAUCUACUGCAGAAAAAUUUAAUAGAGUAAAGCAACAGUUUUAUGAAUUGGCUCAUUUUCCUGGAGUAAUUGCGUGCGUAGAUUGCACACAUAUUAAAAUAAGAAGCCCAGGAGGAUUAUCUGCUGAGGUAUACAGAAAUAGGAAAGGGUGGUUCUCUAUCAAUGUACAAGCAGUCACUGGUCCAAACUUGGAAUUUUUUGAUUUAGUAGUUCGUUGGCCUGGGAGUACGCACGAUAGCUUUAUAUAUAACAGCAGUUCGGUUAAGCAAAGAUUCAAUAGCGGGGAAUUAAAAGGAAUACUCUUAGGUGACAGUGGAUAUGCUGUCAGUAAUUUGCUUUUAACUCCGUUUUUAUCACCAAGCUCAACUCCACAAAAGGAGUACAAUAAAAGCCACAUUAAAACAAGAAACACUGUGGAAAGAUGUUUUGGAGUUUGGAAGCGAAGAUUCCCCUGCCUUCACGUUGGAAUGGGUAUUAAGCUGGAGACCGUUGUAGCUGUUAUAUGCGCAUGUGCAGCAUUGCAUAACAUUUCCAUCUUAGUAGAUGACUUGCUACCAGUCAGCUCUGAUAACAUCGAAACUUUUAAUGUCGAAGCCUCACCAAUCAAUGAAAACUCCAACAGCAACGGUUUUAUUGCGCGUCAAUCUCUGGUAGACAGAUUUUUUUCCUAAGAUCUUUUGCUACAAAUAAAAGUCUUUAGAUGUUGAAAUAUUAA